AAGGAACUUCCUCGCGUGAUUUACGUCGGCCACGUCCCGCACGGGUUCUACGAGGCGCAGAUGAAGGAGUACUUUGGGCAAUUCGGCGAGGUCACUCGAGUCAAAGUGAGUAGGAACAAAAAAACGGGAAAGAGCAAGCACUACGCGUUCGUGGAGUUCAAGCACCCCGAGGUAGCGUCGAUCGUGGCGGAGAGCAUGAAUAAUUAUUUGCUCGCGAAUCAAGUGCUGAAGAUAACGCUGCUGGAGCCGGAGAAGGUGCACCCGAAGACGUUUGAGGGGACGGGGACAAAGUUCAAGACGGUGCCGUGGCAACGAAGAGCGGCGGCGAAGCACAAUAAGGAGCGAACUGACGAGGAGAAGGUGAAACGCAAUGUUGGUUUGGUGAAGGCGGAAGAGAAGCGUCGAGCGAAGAUCGCAGCCGCUGGGAUUGACUAUGAUUUCCCGGGCUAC